AUGAACAGGAAAAAGUUGUCAACAUACGGACAAGAGUUCGAUGACGACGAUGAAGAAGGUGUCACCGUAUCGAAAAAGCCAACUCAGAUACAUGAAGAAGUCGCGACGGAUGAGAAAGGAAAGCGGAGAUUUCAUGGUGCUUUCACUGGAGGAUUCUCAGCUGGCUACUGGAAUACUGUAGGAUCAAAACAAGGAUGGGUCCCACAAGUGUUUUCUUCCUCCAAAGAUGCACGCGGAGACCAAAUAAAACAGAGAGCGGAGGAUUUCAUGGAUGCUGAAGAUCUCGGAGAAUAUGGAAUCGGCAAUCGAUCUAUCAAACAGACAUCUACAUUUGGUGAUGGAGGAAGUCAGAAGAGAAAGCUGGCAUGGGAGAGAGAUGCUGCCAGCGUGUCAACCAUAACUCAGAUGUUUGAAGAAGUCGUGAAACCUGUGAGCAAUUCCAUAGGUGUUCGAAUGCUCCGGUCUAUGGGUUGGCGAGAAGGAAGAGGAGUCGGUUUGGCAAAUGUCAAGCAAAAGAAAAAUAGAGGAGGGAUGACUGAAGAAGCUGAGUUCGAUCGAGAACAAGCUGCGAAAGUAGCCCCGUCGUAUGAACUCGCGAACGAAGAUGCUCUAGUUAAGCAGUUGAGACCAUUGUCCGGAGAUCAUGGUAUUGGAUAUCAGGGUCUGCGACAAACAACUGUUCUCGAUGAAUCGUAUGGUAGAACCGCUUUAGCACUGAAAUCUGGAAACAAAAACAGCAAAGGAAUCAGAGGACAAGCGUUUGGCGUCGGUGCAUUUGAAGAAGAAGAUGAGAGUGUUUAUUCAAAUUAUGAUCUAUCGCAAUUUGAUUUCUCUCUGGAUGUCGCUGGAACUUCUGGAGAGAGUGAUCUGAAAACACAGAAGGUUGAUACUGCUUUUGAAUUGCAACCAAAACGAUUGAACCCAAGGAAGUUUUAUGGCCCACCACGGGUUCCACCUAAUUUUAGAGGAAACCAUAAACCAAUUCCUAUGGAUAUAUCCAAGUUGCCUCACUUAAUAAAAGAAGACGUUAAGCAGAUGAAUGCGGUUCAAAGGGCCAAAUUUCUAGGAGAAGAUCGUUUGAACAUUUUGCAAAUUGGUGUUCAAGAUAGUAGUAAACCAAAAGAAAGAAGAAGUAGAUGGGACAUCAAGGCGAACGAAGUCGAGCAACGAGAAGGACAACGAGGCGGUGAAGCAGACGAAGAAAGAGAUCGUCGUCUUCGGAACCGAGUGGAAUUCCCAAAUGAACCCAUGCGUCAAGCUCGAUUCAAAGAAUUUCUUCAUUAUAUCAGACGAGGCCUUCCGUAUCCUCAACCAACUGAUUUGACUGUUUGGGAGUGGGAAUGGGAGAAGAAAGAAUUCGAAUCAAAACUAACGACUGAGGAAAGAGGAAUGCUUCCAGAAGUUCAAUCGCGAGCUCAACCACUUGCUAAAACCGCUAUCGCUGCUCCUAUACACGAAAUGAUGGCGUCGAAAUUCGUGAAAGAAGCAGCUGGUGAUCUGAAAGUGGGAACAAAAGACGAAGACAAAUUGGCUGCAGUGAAAAUGGAAAUGUUUGGUGAUAGAACAAGACAGAGUUUUGAAUGGUACCCUGACGCUCUUCUAGCAAAGCGAUUCAAUGUUCCACAUCCCUUCCCAGGAUGUGAUAUGGUUGGUGUUCCUGCCCUCCAAAAAACCAAUUGGAGACAAAAAGACACGUUGGGAGAUAUUGGUUUUUCAACCUCUGUUGGACUUCCAAAUACUGCAAACGAGAUCGAAAUGAGAGAACGGCUUCUAAAGACAAAAGCUCGGCGUGCCGCAGAAGAAGCGAAUCGACGAGAAUCUGAUGAUGAAGAGUAUGCAGAUAAGAAAGAAGAACUUGGUGAAAAAGAGGAAAAGGAAGAUCAAAAAGAAGAGAAGGCACCAAAGUCGUUCUUUGAUUUAAUUUUUGGUGAUGGUUUUGAGAUAGAUGAUGAUGAUAGUGAAGAUGAAAAAGAACAGGAGAGAGAAAGGCAGAAAGAACUCGAACGAAGAAAAGAGGAAGAAAGGAAGAGGAUGGAAGAAAAGGAAAGGAAAGAAGAGGAAAGAAGGAAUGAAGUUCAUCGAGAGUUGAGAAAAUUAGAAGAAAAAAAACGUUUGGGGGUGAAAAGCCGGAAAGAAAACGAUGAUGACGAUAUUCAGGUCAUUGAAGAAAUCUCCAAGAAUGUCACAUCAUACGGACCAACACUUCCACCAAUAGCUGCAACUCUUUCCAAAGACUCUGUUCUCCACCUUCUUGAGAAAAGUAUCAAGGAAAAAGACGGUUCCAAAAAGAAGAAGAAGAAGAAGGAGGAAAAAGAAAGGAAGCAUUCGAAAAAGUCGAAGAAAUCGAAAAAGAGCAAAAAAGAAAAGAAAAAGAAGAGACACUCUUCAUCAAGUGAUUCUAGUGAUGAUUCCGGUGAAUGGGAGGAAAAGUGA